GGCUCCCGGCCUCGCUCGCCGCUUCCUGCUGCCCGGCUCCCCGCGCCCGCGCCCCGGCCAUGCUGUCCGUGCAGUACCCCGACGUGUACCGCGACGAGACCGCCGUGCAGGAUUAUCAUGGACAUCAAAUAUGUGAUCCUUAUGCUUGGCUUGAAGACCCAGACAGUGAGCAGACAAAGGCUUUUGUGGAAGCCCAGAAUAAGAUCACAGUACCGUUUCUUGAGCAGUGUCCUAUCAGAGGACUGUACAAAGAGAGAAUGACCGAGCUGUAUGACUAUCCAAAAUAUAGUUGCCACUUCAAGAAAGGAAAGCGGUACUUCUAUUUUUACAAUACAGGUUUGCAGAACCAGCGAGUAUUGUAUGUGCAGGAUUCCUUAGAGGGAGAAGCCCGAGUGUUCCUUGACCCCAACAUACUCUCUGAUGAUGGCACGGUGGCACUGCGAGGCUAUGCAUUCAGUGAAGAUGGUGAAUAUUUUGCCUACGGUUUAAGUGCCAGUGGCUCAGAUUGGGUGACAAUCAAGUUCAUGAAAGUUGAUGGUGCCAAAGAGCUUCCAGAUGUACUCGAAAGAGUCAAGUUCAGCUGUAUGGCUUGGACCCAUGAUGGAAAGGGAAUGUUCUACAACUCAUACCCUCUACAGGAUGGCAAAAGUGAUGGUACAGAGACAUCCACUAAUCUCCACCAAAAACUCUGCUACCACGUCCUGGGGACAGAGCAGUCAGAAGAUAUCUUGUGUGCUGAGUUUCCUGAUGAGCCUAAAUGGAUGGGCGGAGCUGAGUUAUCUGAUGAUGGUCGCUAUGUCUUGCUAUCUAUAAGGGAGGGAUGUGAUCCAGUAAACCGUCUCUGGUACUGUGACCUACAACAGGAAUCCAAUGGCAUCACUGGAAUACUGAAGUGGGUGAAGCUGAUUGACAACUUUGAAGGCGAGUACGACUAUGUGACCAAUGAGGGGACAGUGUUCACAUUCAAGACCAACCGCCAUUCCCCCAACUACCGCCUGAUCAACAUUGACUUCACAGACCCUGAUGAGGCCAGGUGGAAAGUGCUUGUUCCAGAGCAUGAGAAAGAUGUCUUAGAAUGGGUGGCCUGCGUCAGGUCUAACUUCCUGGUACUGUGCUACCUCCACGACGUGAAGAACACACUGCAGCUGCACGACCUGGCCACGGGUGCGCUCCUCAAAUCCUUCCCACUAGAGGUGGGCAGCAUCGUGGGGUACAGCGGGCAGAAGAAGGACACCGAGAUCUUUUAUCAGUUUACUUCCUUUUUGUCCCCAGGUAUCAUUUAUCACUGUGAUCUUACCAAAGAGGAACUGGAGCCGAGAGUCUUCCGCGAGGUAACUGUGAAAGGAAUUGAUGCUUCCGAUUACCAGACAGUCCAGAUUUUCUAUCCUAGUAAAGAUGGUACAAAGAUCCCCAUGUUCAUUGUGCAUAAGAAGGGCAUGAGACUGGACGGCUCACACCCUGCCUUCCUGUACGGCUAUGGAGGCUUCAAUAUAUCGAUCACCCCCAACUACAGUGUGUCUAGGCUUAUUUUUGUGAGACACAUGGGUGGUGUCCUCGCCGUGGCCAACAUCAGAGGAGGCGGGGAAUAUGGAGAGACAUGGCACAAAGGUGGGAUCUUAGCCAACAAACAAAACUGCUUUGACGACUUCCAACAUGCUGCUGAAUAUCUUAUCAAGGAAGGUUACACAGCUCCCAAGAGGCUGACUAUUAAUGGAGGUUCAAAUGGAGGCCUCUUAGUGGCGGCUUGUGCCAAUCAGCGUCCUGAUCUCUUUGGCUGUGUUAUCGCCCAAGUUGGAGUGAUGGACAUGCUGAAAUUCCAUAAAUACACCAUAGGCCACGCCUGGACCACUGAUUACGGGUGCUCGGACAGCAAACAACACUUUGAGUGGCUUAUCAAAUACUCGCCGUUGCAUAACGUGAAGCUGCCCGAGGCAGACGACAUCCAGUACCCGUCCAUGCUCCUCCUCACGGCCGACCACGAUGACCGUGUGGUCCCACUUCACUCCCUGAAGUUCAUCGCCACCCUUCAGUACACCGUGGGCCGCAGCCGGAAGCAGAGCAACCCCCUGCUCAUCCACGUAGACACCAAGGCAGGGCACGGAGCCGGGAAGCCCACAGCCAAAGUGAUAGAAGAAGUCUCAGAUAUGUUUGCGUUUAUAGCACGAUGCCUGAACAUCGACUGGAUUCAAUAAGUGGGGUUUCCCCACUCCCUUCUGACAGCCGCAGAAAACCUCAAGGGCUUUCACACCAUUAACAACAGAGAGGCCGCCGGGCACAAGGCUUCCCCAUGUGAACACGAUUCCUGCCCACAGACUCCAGUCGGCACAACUGCCGCGGGGAUUUUAUCUUUUUUAGGCUUCUCUUUUUAGUAAGCCCUUGGUGUGUUUCUUUUUCCACCUUGUGCGGGCAUAUUUAAAAAAAAAAAAAAAAAGCAUGUUUGGGUCAAUAGCUAAAUGACAGCCAAUACAUUUGUGAAUAUUAGAUUGCUGGGUUGAGAGUCAUAGACAUACUUAUGAAUUGUAGUUGGACAUACUUCAUAUAUAGCACUUUGGUGAUAUUUGCUCCUAUAACCAUAACCAGUAUAUCUUUAAAUAAACUUGGGAAAUGUUCACAUUAAAAAAAAAAAAAAAGAAAAAAGAAACUUCUUUGCAAAAAUAAUAAAUGUUAUUUAAGAAUGGGA